AUGUCAUUGCUGCCUCCUGAAGUACACUCGGCGCUCUCGCAGCUGCUGCGUGCGCUGGGCACCCCCGACAACGCCGUCCGUACACAGGCGGAAGAACAGCUGAACAAUGAUUGGAUCCAAGGUCGUCCAGACGUGCUUUUGAUGGGCCUGGUGGAACAGAUUGAGGGCUCAGAGGACGCUGUCACACGAGCCUUUGCCGCAGUAUUGUUCAGAAGAAUUGCAACCAAGACGCGGAAAGAUCCCGUCACAAACGAGGCCAAAGAGCUUUUCUCGACACUCACCACAGAUCAGCGCUUGAUCAUUCGCCAGAAAUUAGUGACCUGCCUGACGAAUGCGUCAGCAACAGACGUGCGAAAGAAAAUCGGAGAUGCCGUAGCGGAGAUUGCGAGACAGUACACCGAAUAUGGUGACCAAUGGCCCGAGCUUUUAGGAGUGCUCUUCCAAGCGAGUCAGUCGCCCGAAUCUGGCCUGCGCGAGGCUGCCUUUCGGAUCUUCUCGACCACCCCCGGAAUUAUUGAAAAGUCCCACGAGGACGCCGUGGUGGGGGUGUUCAGCAAGGGUUUCAAGGAUGACAACAUUGCUGUGCGCAUUGCCGCCAUGGAGGCCUUCGCUUCCUUCUUCCGCUCCAUCUCCAAGAAAUCCCAGCCGAAGUUUUUCCCCCUGAUGCCCGAGCUGCUCAACGUCCUGCCGCCGCUGAAGGAGUCCUCCGAGAGCGACGAGCUUUCCUCGGCCUUUUUGGCGCUGAUUGAGCUGGCCGAGGUCUCCCCGAAGAUGUUCAAGAGCUUGUUCAACAACCUGGUCAAGUUCAGCAUCAGCGUCAUUGCUGACAAGGAACUCAGCGAUCAAGUCCGACAGAAUGCCCUGGAGUUGAUGGCUACCUUUGCCGACUAUUCGCCCGGCAUGUGCAAGAAGGACCCCCAGUUCGCGCAGGAGAUGGUAACGCAGUGUCUGAGCUUAAUGACCGACAUUGGCAUCGACGACGACGAUGCAUCCGAAUGGAAUGCGUCGGAAGAUCUUGAUCUGGAAGAGAGCGAUCUCAACCACGUCGCAGGUGAGCAGUGCAUGGAUCGCCUGGCCAACAAGCUGGGUGGUCAGGUCAUCUUGCCCGCCACCUUUUCCUGGAUUCCUCGGAUGAUGUCGUCCUCAGCCUGGCGGGAUCGUCAUGCCGCCCUCAUGGCCAUCUCAGCCAUCUCGGAAGGCUGCCGCGAUUUGAUGAUCGGCGAAUUGGACCAAGUGUUGGCCCUGGUCGUCCCCGCCCUGCAGGACCCUCACCCUCGCGUCCGGUAUGCCGGCUGCAACGCGCUGGGGCAGAUGAGCACCGACUUCGCGGGCACCAUGCAGGAGAAGUAUCAUAACAUUGUACUGACCAACAUCAUCCCCGUUCUGAACAGCGUGGAGCCCCGUGUCCAGGCGCACGCCGCGGCGGCGCUGGUCAACUUCUGCGAGGAGGCAGAGAGGCGGGUGCUGGAACCCUAUCUGGCCGACUUGCUGCAGCAUCUGCUGCAGCUCCUGCGCAGCCAACAGCGCUACGUACAGGAGCAGGCUCUGUCCACUAUCGCCACAAUUGCUGACUCCGCCGAGAACGCCUUCGACCAGUACUAUGACACACUAAUGCCCUUGCUCUUUAACGUACUCAAGGAGGAGCAGUCCAAGGAAUACCGCCUGCUACGGGCCAAGGCGAUGGAGUGUGCUACGCUGAUCGCGCUGGCGGUGGGCAAGGCAAAGAUGGGCCCGGACGCCCUGAACCUGGUGCAGCUGCUGGGCAACAUCCAGCAGAACAUCGUCGAUGCGGAUGACCCACAGUCACAGUACCUGCUCCACUGCUGGGGCCGCAUGUGCCGCGUCUUGGGCCAGGAUUUUGUCCCCUAUCUUCCCGGGGUCAUGCCCCCGCUGCUGACGGUGGCGGCCGCCAAGGCGGACAUCCAGUUGCUGGAUGACGAGGAGCAGAUCGACCAGGUGGAGCAAGACGAAGGCUGGGAACUGGUGCCGCUGAAGGGCAAGAUCAUCGGCAUCAAGACCAGUGCGCUCGAGGACAAGAACACGGCUAUCGAGCUGAUCACCAUCUACGCGCAGAUUCUCGAGGCGGCUUUCGAGCCGUACGUUCUGGAGACAAUGGAGAAGAUCGCUGUGCCCGGCCUGGCCUUCUUCUUCCACGACCCUGUUCGGGUGUCAUCAGCAAAGCUGAUCCCGCAGCUGCUGAACGCAUACAAGAAGGCACAUGGGGAGUCAUCGCCCGGGUUCGCGCAGAUGUGGAGCAAAGUGGCGGAGAAGAUCAUCGAAGUGCUGAGCGCGGAACCGGCGGUCGACACGCUGGCGGAGAUGUACCAGUGCUUCUACGAGUCGGUGGAGGUGGUGGGCAAGAACUGCCUUAGCCCGCAACACGUGCAGGCGUUCAUCGAGUCGGCCAAGUCGACGCUAGAGGACUACCAGCUGCGGGUGAAGGCGCGGUUUGAGGAGCGCGCGGAGGCGGACGACGGCGACGAGGAGAACCUGGACUAUGAGUACGCGGUGGAGGAUGACCAGAACCUCCUGAGCGACAUGAACAAGGCGUUCCACGCCAUCUUCAAGAACCAGGGGACGACCUUCCUACCGGCGUGGGAGACGCUGAUGCCGUUUUACGACACGUUCAUCACGAGCCAGGACCCGACACAGCGCCAGUGGGCGCUGUGCAUCAUGGACGACGUGCUGGAGUUCUGCGGGCCGGAGUCGUGGAAGUACAAGGACCACAUCAUGCAACCGCUGGCAGCGGGCCUGCAGGACCAGAACGCGGCCAACCGGCAGGCGUCGGCGUACGGCGUGGGCGUGGCGGCGCAGAAGGGCGGCGAGGCGUGGAGCGAAUUCGUGGCGGCCUGCAUCCCCAGCCUGUUCCAGGCGACGCAGAUCAACCAGGCGCGCGCCGAAGAGCAUGUGUUUGCCACGGAGAACGCCUCGGCCAGUAUCGCCAAGAUCCUGCACUACAACGCCAGCAAGGUGUCAAACGCGGCCGAGGUCGUGGCUAACUGGAUCUCCACGUUGCCCAUCACCUUUGACGAGGAGGCGGCGCCGUAUGCGUAUUCGUUCCUGGCCCAACUGAUCGACCAACAACACCCGACUGUCAUGUCGAAUGCCGACAAGGUGUUUGGAUAUAUCGUACAGGCGCUGGAGGCAGAGACCUUGCAAGGACAGACGGCCGUGCGAGUGGCUCGCUCGGCCAAACAGCUGGUGACCGCCACAGGGGUCAAUGCCGACCAGAUCCUGGCGGGCGUAAACCCGGACAACCAGGCGGCAGUGCGCAGUUAUUUCCAGUAG